GAACCGUAAAAAAAGACGGUGGUCGUUGCCAUCUCCUUUUCACACGGUGGGCCACCCUGGUCGAAAGAAUGCGAUUAAUUCUGACAAUAUUAUACGGCCUCUUUGUUAUCUCCGCACUUGGAGACCCGAUUAGAACAAAGAGAGAGCCUCCCGUGAGCUCACAGUAUGGUGCACCACCAGCAUCGUCCUACGGAGUACCGGACGUAGGACCAUCUGAUUCUUAUGGUCCACCACCUUCAAAUUCCUACGGCCCACCCUCUGAUUCUUAUGGUGCGCCUCCGCCACCACCGUCAUCUUAUGGCGCACCAUCUGGACCCUCGUCAUCCUACGGGGCGCCAUCAGGCGAUCACGGAUCCUUCGGUAACAAUCACGGUGGAUCAUAUGAUCUAGGCGGUGGUGAUCAUGGUGGAGGAUCCUUCGGCGGCGGUCACGGUGGAGGAUCCUUCGGCGGUGGUCACGGAUCUUUCGGUGACGAUCACGGUUCCAUUGGAGGAUCAUUCGAUGACCAUCACGGAGGCGGAGGCGGAGGCGGAGGCGGCGGUUAUGGCGGUGGUGGCGGUUACGGCGGCGGUGGCGGUCACGGCGGAGGUGGCGGUCACGACGGUGGUGGCGGUCACGGCGGUGGUGACAGCGGUUACGGCGGAGGUGGAGGUCACGGAGGCGGCUUUGGAUCGAUUUCCGAUUCUUACGGACCGCCGUCAUCAUCUUCCGAUUCCUAUGGACCUCCCUCGCACGAUCACGGACCGAAGGGCGUGUGGAAAAAGAAGUUGGUAUGGAAGCCCGAAUGGAAGCAGAUUUGGAAAACAGAAUCGAAGAUGAUCUGGAAGCAGGAGUGGAAGAAGGUACAGGUGCCGGUUUGGAAGGAGAUUCAAGUACCUGCGUGGAAGGAGAUCAAAGUACCUGCCUGGAAAAAGGUUCAGAAGCCUGUUUGGAAGGAGAUUCAAGUACCGGCUUGGAAGGAGGUCCAAGUACCAGCUUGGAAGAAGGUAUGGAAGCCCAUUUGGAAGGAAGUCCAAGUUCCUGUGUGGAAAGAAGUCCAAGUACCCGACUGGAAGAAAGUCUGGGUGCCAGAAUGGGUUAAAAUUGGCAUACCGGGAGAACACCCCGUGGGCAAAGAUCAUCAUGGUUGGCAGUAUACCAGCCACGAUCUCUGGAAGAAGAAACUAAUAUGGAAGCCGGUUUGGAAGAAGGUUUGGAGAACAGAAAAAAAACAAAUCUGGGUAAGCGACAAGAAAUUAGAAUGGAAGGCCGAAUGGAAACAAAUUUGGAAGACGGAAAAGAAGCAAAUCUGGGUGUCAGACAAGAAGCUAAUCUGGCAGGAAGAAUCGGUGCAAGUAUGGGUGCCUGAAAAGAAGCAGAUUUGGGUCACGCAGAAGAAACAGGUGUGGAAAGAUGAAUGGAAAAGCAAGUGGGUUCCGGUUUGGAAGGAUGUGCAGGUACCGGCUUGGAAGAAAAUCUGGAAGCCCGUCUGGGAGAAAGUUUGGGUUCCCAUCGAAUCUCACCACGACGACGGUCAUCACGGUUACAAGUAGAUCGUCGUCGAGGGUCACGCUUGGCCGGUUCGAUCUUUCUUCUGCGCAUACUCGUGACAUCUGAAGAUCGAAAGGUCAACUCGGAAAAUUGUUAGAGAAUCGCAUCAAGAAAGUCGGUCGAAUUUAUAAUUCUUUGUGAUAAUGGAUUGCUCGCCGAUAGAUAUAGAUGUCUCUCGAGAGGAGAAAAGGGAAGACCGACUAAACGUGUACCGCACGAAGAAGAGGAAAGCCUGCAACUAACAGUUAGAAAGCAUCGCGACUAUGAGAUAUGUACGAAAGUGGAUAAUGAAAAUUUUCAAUUGAUCAUCUUGGCGACAAUGCGACUGAGUUGCGUGAUAACCAAAGUCGCUCAGUUCGUCGCAAGUGGAACCGAAAUAUCGAUCAACGAGAUAUAAUCAUAACGGAUGUAAAAAUAUCAUUAUCUACAUUUUACCAUAUAUCUCCUGAGAAAGGUGUGUACUAAUAACUGAUCUUUAGCAAAUAAAUUUAUAACCAUAGCGCAUCUUUCCAGAGAUUACACGACUUGUUAAACUUUAAAGCAAAUCAUUGCCAAGAAAAA